AACCCUAGAAAUGAUGAUGAUGAUGGGCGAAGGGAGGCACACCAAUCCGACGAUCCACGUUCCUCCGUGGCCGAUGUUUGAUGAUCCAACGGACGGCGUUGGUUUCAACCAUGCCCUCGCCGGCGAGGGCUUCCUUCUCGGCGACUCCACCCUCGCCGCGCUCCAGCGAUACCUUCCCUCCAACGACGCCUUCGACGAUGACGACGACAUCGACGCACCGCUCGACGCCUACUCGUGCGACGAGUUCCGGAUGUACGAGUUCAAGGUACGCCGAUGCGCGCGCGGCCGUUCACACGACUGGACUGAGUGUCCCUACGCGCAUCCCGGAGAGAAGGCUCGCCGCCGUGAUCCCCGGAAGUACCACUACUCCGGCACUGCGUGUCCGGAGUUCCGCAAGGGAAGCUGCAAGCGCGGCGAUGCUUGCGAGUACGCACACGGCGUGUUCGAGUGCUGGCUUCAUCCGGCGAGGUACCGGACUCAGCCAUGCAAGGACGGCACGGCUUGUCGACGUCGCGUGUGCUUCUUCGCUCACACGCCGGAGCAGCUCCGUGUUCUCCCGCAGUCUCAGGUACCCAGCCCCAAAACCCCCGUUGAUUCCUACGAUGGAUCUCCACUUCGUCACCAUGUUCUUGAUGCUUACUUCCCUAAGAACAUCUUCUCCUCGUCCCCAACCUCAACCCUAACCUCACCUCCUUUGUCUCCGCCGUCGGACUCCCCUCCGAUGUCACCCAGCGCCCCAUCACUGCGUCGUGCCCCGUUGGGUGGAUCCGUGAACGAGGUGCUCGCAUCCUUGAGGCAGUUGCAGCUCAGCAAAGCGAAGUCAUCUCCCAACUCCUGGGGUUUCCCAGUGGGAGGAGGAUGCUCAUUCGGCUCUCCAAGAUCAGCAACAUCUACUCCGACGAGCUCCACCAUCAACGGCGCCGGCAGCUGGCUCGACCGAUGGGAACCCGAAGAUAACCAGCCCGUCGAGAGGGUGGAAUCCGGCCGAGCUCUACGAGCCAAGAUGUUCGAAAGGCUCAGCAAGGAAAGCGGCCUGGAGAAGCCGGAGAACUCCUCGCCGGACGUCGCCUGGGUUUCCGAUCUUCUCCAGUGAUCACCGCCGGCAAGAACCUGGUACUCUUAAUUUCGAUGAUUUUUUUGGGUCAAUGUGAAUAUCUUAAAAUCUCAGGGUCUUUUCUGUAAAUAUCUCAACGAAGGAGAAGAAGCAGAAGCUGUUGUUUGGGACGUCGUCUUCCACGUGUUUGCUCUAUUUUGAAGGUUUGUUUCACCUUAAAAAAAAAUUAGAUAAAAAUAUUCCGGUUUUUGUGUAAAUAUUUCGAUGAAGAUGUAAGAGCUCUCUACAUCUAAUUUUUCAAUUCCAACCCUGCAUUUCAAUGUUAUUA